ACAAAGCGAGCACUUCAACGUAGAUACCAUAAAUCUCAUCUUGUUCCAUAUACCGAACAUUUCUCGUGUCCCACCAAACACUCCUUAUCACCCUCAAACGCUGUCGUUUAAAUCAUUCAAACAAUUUCACAAAUAAAAAAACCACAAUCAAUCAGAUUCCGAUUCUUCAAAAAAAAAAAAUCAAUCAGAUUCCGAUGACUAGCCCCGUCGCUCUCCUCCUCCUCCUGACGGCGGCGGCGCUUACCGUCACCGGAACUCCAACUGCCUACGAAGCCUUACGAACCUACAACUUCCCACCGGGAAUUCUCCCAAUAGGAGUAACCAAUUACGAAUUAGACAAAUCAAGUGGAAAUUUCCGCGCUGAUCUAAAUCGUUCGUGCAGUUUUUCGUUACAAGGUUCGUAUCAAUUGAGUUACAAAUCAACGAUCACCGGUAAAAUAACGGAAAACAGACUUACCGAUCUCAGGGGUAUAAGUGUCAAAGUGAUGUUCUUCUGGGUGAAUAUUCUUGAAGUUGUUAGGAAAAGUGAUAAUCUUGAUUUCUCUGUUGGUGUUGCUUCUGCGGCUUUUCCUUUGGAUGAUUUCUUUGAAUCUCCGCAGUGUGGCUGUGGUUUGGAUUGUGAUCCUUUGAGAAUUAGAAAACUUAAAUUGAAUACUAAAAACCCUUCUCUUUCUUCUUCUUAAGAUGUUUUUCACCCUUGGCCACUUUUCAUCGAAGACGUGUCUGGUGUGCGACAUAUGUCAGUGUGUACGCACCAACAAAUGUGAAUUGUGUCAUUUUACAAAUUAUUAUCGUGUCAAUAUGUCAUGGUGUAUGGUAUGUGUCUCUGCUUCAUUGAUAGUUUGGUGGCAUGAAGUGGUGACUGUUAAUGUAUAGUAUCAUUAUAUAUAAAAAUAUCAUCUGUGUUUCUUUUUACUGCA